UUUUUGUGACGUAACUGCGCAAGAGAAACUUAUACGCCUAUUUCAUCAUUCGCACGUUGGUGUUUCGCGUGGCAGCAUCAGUUCAGUCGCCAUCCGUCACAGUGGUUGAAAAGUCGGCGCGUGUAGGUUCGUGGCCCACCUCGGGUAUUCGAAAGAAAAUGACGAAAACUUGUCCAAAUUGCAAAUCAAGCGAGUUCGAUGUCGAUCCAGCAAGGGGAGAUACAGUUUGUAUGAACUGUGGUUCAGUAUUGGAAGAAAAUAGAAUUGUUUCUGAAAUCUCAAUUCAAGAGAAUGCUGAUGGAUCUUCAUCUGUUGUUGGUCAAUUUGUUACUACUGAAGGCAGCUACAAUCCACAUCUUUCUGGCUUCCAAUAUGGUAUUGGAAAAGAAUCUCGACAAAUUACAUUGGAUAAAGGCAAAAACCAGAUACGUGAUAUGGCCGCGCAACUUAAUCUCAAUCGACAUUGUGUUGAUACUGCAUUCAACUUUUUCAAAAUGGCAAUCAGUAAACGCUUAUCAAGGGGAAGACGUAUUACUCAUAUUGUUGCAGCAUGUUUAUACAUGACAUGCAGAACAGAAGGAACACCUCACUUGCUCCUGGAUUUCAGCGACAUAACUCAGGUGAAUGUCUUCAUUUUGGGAAAAGUUUUUCUACUUCUAGCAAAGGAACUGCACAUUAAUCUUCCAGUCUUGGAGAAACAGUUUGGGCCAACCCACGCAGUCUACCAUCGUCUCUUACAGCCAGCUUAUGAAAGGAUGAUUAUUCAGCAUGUUUACAAAAACAAAAUCAACUUGAAAUCCGGAGCCACUGGUCAGCUGUUGCAGAAAAGACCGAAAACAACAGGUUACCUGGGCAAAAAAUGGGAAGGGACUAGUUACCCCGCUUCUACUUACUGGAAUCCCACUGUAAAUGAACACUGGCAAUGGCAACAUUCGGUCGCGCCAUCGAUCGCCCACAGUAUUCAAACUUUUCAAGAAAACCAGCAAAAACCUAUUACCGUUCCUCAACUAACGGACGAGUACAACAUAAAAGCUUCCUCGCGAGCCAACACCUUUAGCGCAACAACGAGAGUGCGCGAGGUCCCAGUUUCAGGGAUUUACAAAAAAGAAAUCCAGGAGUUUCGUUCCAGAACACCAUCCGCUCGUGGCGUGAGAGCUGUGGCAAUUUCAAAUCGGUCUUUGAUCGCAUCUCAGAGUGGUCGAGCUCAUAGUGUUGGAGCACCCAGUGUGUCGGGUAAAAUUCCCCACGCAAGUGACCAACCCGUUCGAAUGCAACGGGAGUUCGAACAACUUCAGUUAACGAGGGAACGUAAACGGCAAGCACAGAUCACCUCGCACCGAAUGGACAGAAUGUAUUAUCUUAACGGCUCGUCUUCAAAAAUCCAUUCGAAAUAUCGAAUAUCUGACGAAGAGCUAAGCCGGAUCCGUAUGAUUGCUGUGGCCCGUGGAAUCAAAGUUCCUUCUAUUGUUAGCGGCUAUAAGGAGAACCGAGGCAGUGUUAGUGGUCCGCACUCGACUCCCAGGGGUCCGGAGGAUGAUGAUGUUGCUCGUCAAGGGAGCGGGAGGACCAUCAUUCCAACUGCAGAUAACUUAUCAAUUGGAGAUGUGACGUCCUUGGAUGGGACGGAGAAAGGGAGCUCCAGAGCGACGAAGGAGGAUCGUGCAACAUCCGACAAUGAAGAGGACCGUUUAGAGUUGCUCCGAGAGCUGGAGGCAGAGAAGAGCGUCACAAGCCACAAUCUGGAUGUAGAGGAUGCUACUGAAGAGGAAAAGGAAGAAGAAGAGCAUUCGGAACCAAACGAGAAACAAGAAACCGUUUCAGUAAAAUCAGACUCUGCGGCGCUGCAAGGGUCGCAACGAAACGUUACCUUUUUAACUGAAUUAACUGAGGCCGAGAAAAUGCAAGAAAAAAGCUAACCAGCUUUGUAAUACAGCUUGUUAAACAAAUUAGGAAUUUUGCUCAAUUUGUAAAAUUUUAACAGCUUUCCGCUUGACCAAAUCGUGACCAUGCAGUCAUGGAUGAUAUUUCUUUAUUCCUGGUGUGUCAACAUACCGACAAUGCUCUGUAGGUUACUUCGCGCUAUUUAUUGCUUUGUGUGUGUAUACAAACGCGUAUACAACAAAGGUAUCUUUGCUUGGUAAACUAACGUGUAAACUAACGUGUAAAGAGGUCGGGAACAGUCUCGCUUCGUCGCAAUUUACAAGAAGUCUCUGCUAUUCCCACCCCCUGUAACUGUGCCUAAGUUUUCCCCACGGCGCGACCAUAUACAAUUUACAGGGAAUUCUUAACCAAGCUUAUAUUUCACGAUAAACAGCAGUGUGUGGAUUACUUAUGGCGUCUUUGUUUUGUCCGGCGCAGAUCCUAGCCCUUCUAAAAUUACCGUUCCCGGAAUUAAGCGAGAUUAAAUAUCCUGACACGUGUUUUGUAAAUCGUUUCUGUUUUCUCUUGCGACGUUUAACUCGUAGGCUUAGUAAAGCUCCAUGUUUA